CAGAGGCAAUAUUGCACACAUCGAAGCACUUUGCGGACCCUUGUUGCUGAACAAACAAAUAACAUACAAUUGUUGUUAUUACUAAAAUACAGUGAGUGUGUACUGAGAGUAUGGCCCUGUGGACUGUAUGGACACUCGUCAUAUGUGGAGUCCUGACCUGGCAAGGGUUAAAUGCUCAGGACUGUGGUAUAGCUCCUCUGAACACAAAGAUAGUGGGUGGUGUGAAUGCUUCAGCUGGGUCUUGGCCAUGGCAGGUCAGCAUGCACAUUGGAGUCGGUUCGACUAAACAACACGUCUGUGGAGGGACCCUCAUCAAUGAUCAGUGGGUCCUCACGGCAGCUCAUUGCAUUUUGAUAACCGACACCAGAGUUUGGACUCUCUACAUGGGAAGAGAGACUCAGAGUGGCCCGAACAAUAAUGAGGUGAGCCGCUCUGUGUCCAAGAUCAUAGUUCAUCCAGACUACAACAACACCAUGUUCAACAACGACAUUGCCCUCAUGAAGCUGAGCAGUCCUGUUAGUUUCACGGAUUUCAUCAGACCCAUCUGCCUAGCUAGUGACUCCAGCCAAUUCAACAACGCCACCUUCUGCUGGGCCACUGGCUGGGGUCGACUUGGGGCAGAUCAGCCCAACCAAGCGUUUGAUUCACUACAGGAGGUCCAGAUUCCUGUCAUCGGAAAUAAGCAGUGUACCUGCAGUUACAUAGAAAUACCAGACGCAAAACUGACAGAAAAGAUGAUCUGUGCUGGAGAGGGGGGCAAAGGAGCAUGUCAGGGCGACUCUGGCGGACCUUUGCAGUGCAAACAAAACUCAAGGUGGAUCCAAGCGGGCAUCACUAGUUUUGGACUACCUUGUGCACGGCCUGGUUUUCCUGAGGUUUAUGCCAGAGUGUCUGAGUUCCAGACAUGGAUCUUGGCUCAAGUGGCCGGGGCAAAUGUAGACUUUGUGGUUUUCACCUCCAACGGCACCGAUCCAGACAGCAGCUUUGUGUGUCCGACCUCGGGCGCUUCAACAAUCACAAAUGAGAUGAUGUUGGUUAUCAUUGCGGCAUUGUUCCAGCUGCAUAUUUUAGCUCUGUAGCAUGGUUAUGCAUUUCUCCAUGUCACCUUAUUCUGCUGCUUCAUUCAUACCACAUUUAAAAUGAUUUUUCAUAAUGUGACUGUCAAUGCAACGUAGCUUUGGAGACCUUGGAUUGCUUUCUUUCUGCAUCAAGCCAUAAAUUAAAUCUGCCCUAAAUAUAGGUUAACAAUCAGCUCUGAUGCAAAUAUAGAAAUGAAGAUUAAACAGCCACAGAGGUCAACUGCAUAUUAAGUAUAAAUAUAACUGCUACUAAUGAGUUGAAAGCAAAAGAAAUCCCAUUGCACAGAAUAAGAGCAAUUGAAUUCAAUAAAGGUUUUACUUAUUUGACUAUAGAUAAGUAAACUGUAACCUGUUUUUAUUGCCAGAUUUCACCCUCUUAUUGUUAAGACCUGCUAUAUUAAUGAGUUGUUGUUCAAACUGUAUUAAUGGAUCAAUAUUUGUGAAUUUAAACACGAUUUACCCAAUUUGGUGACUGGCCAAACACAUGGAGGAAAAUAUCAGAAAUAAUUAUUGGAGUCACCAAUCUGACCACCUGGUUAAGCUGCUGCUGCAGUGUUAAAAUCCCAAAACUCAGAGUCCCUUCACUCAAUAACUGCCUUCUUUAGGCAACUCUUUUAUUCUGAUAACAACUAUAAUUUAUUAGAAGAUUAAUGUAUGACUUUCAUUUUGUAAAUUCACAGCAUUUAUCUUAGAGUAUGAAAAUUUCCAUCUCUAGGCCUGAUAAUUUCUUCUUAAAUGUGUCUUAAAGUACUGCUUGAAUGUAAAUGUUUCUUUGAUUAAUCAUUUAUUAAACAAAAUUGUUGAAUGG